AUGGGUAUUUAUAAAGAUGUUAUUAUUACUUAUUUAAUACCAAAUUAUAAGGAAAGUAUUGCAACAAUUAUUUCACCAUUAAUUCAAUUACCAUUAUCAAAUGAUUUCAUUAAAUCAUUUAAAGAAAAUAAAAGUAGUGUUGAAAUUAGUCAACUUCCAUUUUCAAAAGAAUGUAUUGAUUUUGUUAAUGGACCAGUUUGUUUAUUAUCAGAAUAUACUGCUGAAUCAAUACUAGGAAAUGGGUCAUAUGGUAUUGUUAUGCAAGCUCAUGAUAUUGAUGGAAAAAUAGUAGCAAUUAAAGAAAGUGGAAAAGAGAAUGUUUCAACACUUCAAAGAGAAGCAAUCAUUAUGAGAUUAUGUAAUCAUCCUAAUAUUGUUAAAUUUCUCAAUUAUACUGUUGCACAAGAUUCAUUUGCUUUUAGACUCAAUGCACCAAAUUUAAAAUUAGAUUUCCCAAGGGCAUUUUUAAUAAUGGAAUUGUGUGAUGGAGGAGAUUUAGAUACUUUUCUUAGUAAUUAUGCAGCACAACAUCAUGACUAUCUCCCAAUUGAUUUAGUUAGUAAUUUAUUUAAACAAAUAGCAGCAUCUCAACAUUACCUUCAUUUUGAAAAAGGGUUUAUUCACCGUGAUAUCAAAUUAGAGAACUUCUUAUUGGUCAAACAUGAACCUUAUCCUAUUGUCAAAAUUGCUGAUUUUGGAUUUGGUCGUGCUAUCGCUGAUAUAAUGGCUACUUUUAAAGGUACUCCAUUAUUUACAUCACCACAAAUCAUUAGAAAACAACCUUAUACAUCUAAAACAGAUUUAUAUUCAAUUGGAGUAUGUUUAUAUCGACUUGCAACAUGUCAAUAUCCAUUUUCCACAACAAAAAAAGAAUUUUAUAGUCAAAUGAAAGAAAGAAAAGAAGUAGAAUUUCCUCUUCGUUUUAGAGAAGAUAGUCGAUAUACCGAACUUAUUGACUUAGUGAAAAAAUUAAUGUGUUAUGACGAAGAUAAACGAAUAUCCUGGGAAGAUUUCUAUAAGCAUCCAUACAUGAGUCAUAUUUAA